UGUUAAUUUUGUUGAUAUUCAGCUGGAGUUCAUUUUUGGCUUUUAGUUUGAAUUUUAUUCAGUAUCCCCUCUUUGGGGUUUUCACAGUUGCACACAGAAAAAAUAGGAAAGACUUUGCAUGAAGGGCUGAUGGAAGACGCAGGGGAUUUGGCUGAACACACUCCACGUUCAGAACGGAAGAGGCGGGACUCCUUCGGGAUGUUUGAUGGGUAUGACAGCUGCAGUGAGGACUCCAGCAGCAGCUCCAGCUCGGAGGAUAGCGAGGAAGAGGUGCCUUCCAUCCCCGCCAGCCUCCCCAUCAUCAAGAACAAUGGCCAGGUGUACACCUACCCUGACGGGAAGGCCGGAAUGGCCACAUGUGAAAUGUGUGGGAUGGUGGGAGUAAGAGAUGCUUUCUACUCUAAAACCAAGCGAUUCUGCAGUGUCUCCUGCUCCAGAAGUUACUCUUCUAAUUCUAAAAAAGCCAGUAUCCUGGCCAGACUCCAGGGUAAACCACCAACAAAAAAAGCAAAAGUCUUACAGAAACAACCUCUGAUGGCAAAGUUGGCAGCCUAUGCUCAGUACCAAGCAAAUCAACAGAACCAAGCUAAAUCAAAAACGGUGGUACCUGUGGAAGGCUUUGACUGGGGUCAUUAUAUCAACAGCAAUAACUUGGUUGGGGCACCGGUUAGCUGUUUCAAGCAUGUCCCCAUGGGAACGUGCUGGGGUGAUAUUACAGAGGGGGUGAGGGUGGAAGUCCCCAACACUGACAGCAGUCUGCCCACUAAAGUCUACUGGAUAGCAGGGAUCGUCAAACUGGCAGGAUUCAAGGCACUUCUUCGAUAUGAAGGUUUCGACAAUGACACCAGCCGGGACUUUUGGUGCAACCUCUGUGUCCCUGAAAUUCACCCAGUGGGCUGGUGUGCAUCCAGCGGGAAGCCUCUUGUACCACCAAAAUCCAUUCAGCAUAAAUACACAAACUGGAAAGCGUUCCUUGUGAAGCGCCUUACAGGAGCUAAAACACUCCCUCCAGACUUCUCCAGCAAGGUGCAUGAGAGCAUGCAGUACCCUUUCAAAAAGCUGAUGCGCGUGGAGGUGGUGGACAAGACGCACCUGUGUCGGACGCGUGUGGCCCUGGUGGAGCAGGUGAUAGGGGGCCGGCUGCGUUUGGUCUACGAGGAGAGUGAGGAUGGCACAGACGACUUCUGGUGCCACAUGUACAGCCCACUCAUCCACAGCAUCGGCUGGUCUCGCAGCAUUGGACACCGCUUCAAGAGAUCCGAUGUGUCCAAGAAGAUUGAAGGUCAGGUAGAUGCCCCCCCACAGCUGUUUUUGAAGGUGAAGGAUGUUGACCAAAGUGGGGACUGGUUUAAAGAUGGAAUGAAGCUAGAGGCGAUUGAUCCUCUAAAUCUCUCAGCUAUAUGUGUAGCUACUGUAAGAAAGGUAUUGGCAGAUGGGUACCUCAUGAUAGGGAUUGACGGCUCAGAGGCAGCGGAUGGCUCAGAUUGGUUCUGCUACCACGGCACUUCCCCCUCCAUCUUCCCUGCUGGCUUCUGUGAAAUUAACAAUAUUGAGCUCACACCUCCUCGAGGGUACACAAAACUCCCAUUCAAAUGGUUUGACUACCUCAGGGAAACGGGUUCAAUAGCAGCUCCUGUGAAGCUCUUUAACAAGGAGGUUCCAAACCACGGUUUCCGCACGGGCAUGAAGCUGGAGGCCGUGGACCUAAUGGAGCCUCGGCUGGUGUGCGUCGCCACUGUGACACGCAUCGUACACAGACUUUUGCGCAUCCACUUUGAUGGCUGGGAGGACGAGUAUGACCAGUGGGUGGACUGCGAGUCACCUGACCUCUACCCUGUGGGCUGGUGUCAGCUGACAGGAUAUCAGCUCCAACCACCUGCCGCACAGAGCCCGCGAGAAAUCCCUCCACCAGUGACAAAGCAGAAGAAGAAGUCCCAGCAGUACAAAGGGCAAAAGAAAAAGAGGAAGAUUCCAGUUGGGAAGAGGCCGGUCAGUUUGUCGAGCGUGCCUCUGACAGGCAUGAUGCGGAGGAGCUUCUCGGGUGACGAAGAGCUGAUUCCACCCCUUUACCCGUCCCAUCCCGCACACGCGGCGGCCCCGGGGCCCACUCAACCUCCCACCACUAGUGGGGAGCUCAAUCCCAGCCUCAAAUCAGUGGCCUCGCUGCAGCUGAAGGAAGAAGGUCCAGAGGCGGACGAGUUCACCUUCUCACAAGGCGUCUCAGACCAAGAGAGCAACGGCUCUGGCAGCUAUUACAUCAAACAGGAGCCGUGAGACGACUGGCGGGGACUUUUGAUUAAGGAAGAAUCCUUCACCCCGCCUGACCGGGCCAGCACUUGGAGAUGAGCUUGUGGGUGAUGCACAGUGCUGUGGAGGAGCUGCAGGAAGAGGUUUGACUCCAGAUCUUAAAGCAAUGGUUUAUCGGGUAAGAGAGACAAAAAAAUGAGCAAAAUUUAGACAAGAGGUGUUUUGCAGGAUUCCUUUUUUUCUGUUUUGUUUUCAACAAUUUGCCAGAUGGACUUUCAAUGUUCAUUGUACUUGAAGUUUUCAAAGAUGUUUUUGUA